UCAUAGCGUCUGCUGCAUUAUUAGUAAUCAAGUCCCUUGGGAGACAGGGACAGAGACAGCGGUCAGCCUCUUAAUUUAUUCUUAUACGAUUUCGUAGGUGUGGAUAUUAUUGUGUUUAUCAAGGAAUGAAUUUUAAGCGAUGGGAGUGAGAUCUAGGAGUUGUUGAGGUAACAAUGGCGCCUGAUCCGCAAUUCUGUCUUCGAUGGAACAACUUCCAAACAAACAUCACGUCUCAGUUUGAAACACUGCGACAAGAUGAGGACUUUGUGGACGUUACUCUCACCUGUGAUGGGAAGAGUGUCAAAGCACACAAGGUGGUACUGUCCGCAUGCAGUCCAUACUUUAAAGAAUUGUUUAAGAACAACCCAUGUAAACAUCCAAUUAUUAUAUUAAAAGAUGUUCAAUGGUGCCACUUAUGUGCCUUAGUGGAAUUUAUGUAUGCUGGAGUAGUGAAUGUUUCUCAAGCUGAAUUACCAACGUUUCUGCAGACAGCAGAAUCUCUUCACAUUUUAGGUUUGACAGAUGCCCCACGACUUCAUAGAGAUGGUAAACCAAUCAAGGAUUCAUCCAAAAAAGCCUCAGCAUCAAUAGCAACUCCAAACUCUGCGACUCCUACCAACACUGAUACAGGAGAAGAAGAUAAUGCUGAUGGUCAAAGUCGCAGCCCACCCUCCAGUCCACCACCUACCAAGCGAGCCAAAGCAACAGAGCGUGCAGAAGAAAGAACUAUUGAAUCUUCUGAGGGGCAAAACAGUGCUGACGGCCCAGGAAAUGAGUCAAUUGAUGAGACAGGAGACCCAGUGUCAUCUCUUCUUCAACACUCACGAUCUGGCUUAGUCAUAACACCAUCACAACACCAAAAUGAUAUUGAUCAGGCCUACAAUGAUGACCUUGCUGAAAUGUUGGAGCCCAAGACAGAGCUACCAGAUUAUAGUAGUGAUGGAGAAACUAGAGGGGAUGCAAAUGCUUACUUAGAUCAAGCAUCCUAUGGAGGCAUGCAAGAGAUGAUGCCUGGACCCUCUACACAAGGUGCUUCAGAUGGGACCUCGGCAGAAACAGAUCAAGGUUAUUUUCAAGACCUUUUUCAAGGAGCACGAUUUCAAGAGGUUGAAUCAGUGUGGACUCAAGCUCCUACAUCACGAAGGAAAAGAACUUACUCUCACGUGAUUGCUGAUGGUCCCAAGGUAACACUUGGACCAGGUGUUGAAGUAUCAGCUCACCAAUUGGAGGCAUUAAAAUGGUCAGAUUAUCGUAAGUUAACCCGAGGUUUAGCAGGACUAGUAUUUACGCCAAUUGAGCUAGCUACACGUUCUGUUACUGGUCAACGGUGGAGUAGGGCUAACACAUAUGGUCCAGAUGCUGCUAAUCGCAAAGUGAAACCAGCUCUUGAUAAUGCAAAAGUGAAUGCUAUACUUUAUCACGUGAAAAGUAUUUUCCCAGACGUGGAGGUGUCCCGUAUCAAGCAAGUUCUAGCAUACAAGUGUCAAGAGUCUUCAGUUGCUUUUAAAAUGAAAGCAGGUGUUUUUCACAAUGUACGGCACCAACAGGAUAUUCAAAAUCAAGUUGGUGGUGCACAAGACCAUCUUAUGAACCAGGUGCAAUUACAGCAUAGUAUGCAUGGCCGACAAGGAGCCUCUACUUAAAAGAAGAAACCUUUUUUCGGUUGAGGUCUGUUAAUUGUAUUAUUUUUUUUGAUUGGGUUUGAUACUGCUAGAAACCGCAAAGACAAUACUCUAUUGAGGCUAAGUACUUACACUGCCUACUAAAUGUAACUGUUUCAACUUGUGAUCAUAAUGUUUUGUUGAUUUGCGUUGUGCAAAAGCAGCCACUGGAGAGUAAUUGUACAAGUUCAAUUUAUUAGAUGGUUAUUAUUUUAUUUUGUUUGUUAACUUUGUUAUGUCCAAAAUGCUUGCUGCAAAUGCCACUAAUACCCUCCAAAUAUACCAAGUGUGGUAGCAGUGACUGGACUAACUACCAGCUAGGUAUUCAAAAUCUGAUUUUACUGCUUGUAUUUCUCUGAAUCUUUUGACUUAGCCAUGGCUUUAUAGUAUGUGAUUCAUCAAAAUUUUAUCUUGUACAAUAAUGUUUUUGGAACUCUGAUCAAAUCUCACCUGAAAACACAAAUGUUUUCUGUUGUACUUACUAUAAAAUUUAAUUUAAUUGAAUGCAAGUGUGUACCUUCAUCUGGCUAGAGGUACUGGACACUGCUAUCUUGAGUAUUAUGUAAGUAGUAUCUUUUCCCCAAGGGUAUUUUUGUUUGUUUUUCAUUACAUACAUAUUAAGAAUUUCGUUUUUGUCAUACCUAAGUUAGUUAUGUAUUACUUAAUGCCCAAAGAUUUUAAGUGUGUUGGUCAUGUAAGAUGUGUGGCCUAUUAACAUGCUUUAUUAUGCAAUUUAACCAGCCAAUCAUUGUGAUAUUUGCUAUAGAUAGAUAGAUGUUUUUGAAAAGGAAUGUGUGGGUUUGAACUCAAGAGGUGUGUCAUGAGGUUUAUGAACACACUUGUUGGAGUUUGUCACCCAUUCUUUCCUUAGAUUGAAAGAGUGGAUCAGGUGGUUAGGUAUGACUGCAGGCAUGCCUGGGCCUUGCCCGAGUGGUUUAGGAGAGGACUGUGAUACUGUUGCGCACAUAGAGUGCUUUACCCCAACGAAAGUGUGUCUGGGGUUGAUGUAGACUGUUUCCACAAUAAAGCUUUCUUUCACA